CCUUCCCGUGGUUUUCACGUGGAGUGCUCUCAGCCAGUUUCAACUGAGCACAGCCAAACCUGAGCUCUACAUCUCCUGUGGGAGUAGGUCUAUGGAUCACCCUGUGAACACUGACUUUAAUAACACACGACAACAAUGCUUAGCUCGCUGUAAAAACUAAAUACAGACUCCCCCCCCCCCCCCUGGCGUAGUUCCAGUCCGAUUCAUUCAUUCAUUCAUUCAUAUUGUUCUAAAGAGCUGUUGGUUUAAUUGAAUUACUUUGUUUCUAGAGAACACUCGGAUCCCAUUCCGCUCCAGUCCAGUGCGAGAUUAGAAUGGGGUGCUGCUCUGGAAGAUGCACGCUGAUUUUCCUUUGCACUUUUCAGCUGCUGGCAGCGCUAGAGAGACAGGUGUUUGAUUUCCUCGGGUACCAGUGGGCUCCCAUCCUUGCAAACUUCUUCCACAUCAUCAUCGUUAUCCUGGGCCUCUUCGGCACGAUCCAGUACCGACCCCGAUACAUUGUGGUGUAUGCUGUCUGGACUGCUCUUUGGGUCACUUGGAAUGUCUUUGUUAUCUGUUUCUAUUUGGAAGUGGGAGGACUUUCAAAGGAGAGCGACCUCUUGACCUUCAACAUCUCUGCUCAUCACUCAUGGUGGAGCGAGCAUGGACCGGGCUGCGUGCGCAAGGAGAUGCAGGCAACAGGAGUGAAGAGUCUGGACAGCCAGUCCUUUAUUUCUGUGAUGGGCUGUAUUGUGGAGUUCCAGUACAUUGAGGUCCUGCACAGCUCCUUUCAGAUACUCAUAGCACUCGUGGGCUUCGUGUACUCCUGCUACGUCGUCAGUGUUUUCACAGAGGAGGAAGACAGCUUUGAUUUUAUUGGUGGAUUUGAACCAUUCCCCCUCUACCAUGUCAAUGAGAAACCAUCCCAUCUUCUGUUAAAGCCGAUGUACCUGUCUACGUAAAUAGAAGACCGAGUUGCUGGCAAGAGGGUUAACAGUGAAUUUACACAAAGGUGAUGCCGAAUUAACAAUGAAGAAAAGCUGUAAAACUCGACAGGAGCGCAACUCAAGGGACCAUUGAAAAAUAUUCCAGUGGUGUUGUGAUUUUUAUUUUUUUUCCUCUCCCUCCAAUUAAAAAAAAAACAAAACAAAAACAGCAACGAUAAAACAGUGCUGCUUGAAAAUACUGUAAUUCCAUCUGUGUAUUUAAGCUGAGGGUCAUGCUAGACAGGGCAGCGUGUACAGAACACUAAACUGUUAAGAGAGGUCAGACCUAGCAGUGAUAGCUGAAAUUGACAUAGGUUUCCCCAUGAUGUAGACUGUACUGAAUGCUAUUUGUUGAACUAGAUUGCUGAGUGUAGUAACUAAAUAGCGCCUUUCAAAUCUAGAUUUUUUUUUUUUUUUUUUUUUUUUUUUUUAUGUAGUUUAGCAAAGAUGGUGUAUGUUUACAUCACACAGGGGAAUGCAUGUUUGAUUAGCAGAUAGUUUCAAUACUAAUGUACCGGUGCUGUAUGAAAAAACACAGAUAUGCUGAACACUCCCUUUCCUGUGGUUCUUGGUUCUGGACCUGCAAACCAAUAGUGGCAGCAAUCUCUGUAGCAUGAAACCCUAUUCCAUUCAUGUUGGUUCAGGAUCUCCACAGAAGGACAGAGAGACCAGUCUCAGCUUCUUAGUUCACGAUGGUUUGCCAGAAGUGUCUUGCAAUAGCGUGAGAGAAGGAGGUCUAUGUUAAUGAUCUUCGGUGGGGGGUUUUCUAGGUAACACAGCAGGAGGCCAAUUAUAAAGAAGCUUGAAAUGUAAAUGUGAUGGUUGAGAUGUACAACAAGGAAUCAUUAAAGAGAUUUGGUGUUUUGAGAGGGAGGAUUUGAUCCUGUCUUUUGACAGUAAGGGGACGACUGUUCUCUACUCUGGAUUACUUGCCUGUCUUGCAUCAUGUCUUCUCCACGGCAGGCAAACUGCACUCUGUUGUAAAAACAUUAGAACCUAAACGCUUGUUGAGGUAAUGUACGUCUGUUUUAAAUGCAAGUUUUAAUAUGGGAAGUGCAUCUUAGCAAAAGUGGUUCUUCUGUUCAGAAGUAAAAACAUUUGGGAGUUUACAGAUCCAAACUGAAAAAAAUGCGAGUGUAAUCAAAAUGUUUUUCCUUCACCCUUUGUUCAAAAGGUUUGUUUCUUUUCAUCCCAGAUGUAAUUCACUACUGCCCUCUAGUGUUUUCAUAUGUAUAUAAUAUAUAAAUAUUUUUUUGGAAGAUUUUAGGAGUGUCAGGAAACAGGAACAUGUCCUGCAAAGAAGGGCACUAAUUUAAAUUUCGGGAGCAAGUUACAGCUAGAAUUGAUUUUUCAGUAUUAAAGCACCACAAACUAGCCAUGUUGUGUUUCAGUUUACAGUUAACUAAUAACAGAUUAAUCACAGUCACUGCAUUUAUUGGUAGUUGAAUGACAUUUUUAAAAGUUUCUGUUGUCCACAAAAUGACUUUAAUGUCUGCCCUGUUUGGAUGGAUUGUUGUGAACUGAGUUUUUCAUGCAUCCCUGGCUGGUUAUUCCUGCUGUAAAUGAUUCUACAGUGUGCCGAAUGUUCCUUCCAUGUUUAAUAGAAUCCGGCUCUGGAGUCAGUGUCCUCAGUCCUUCAAGAUCCAGUGUGCCUCCUAAGUGAAGAUGAACAUAAUAAUCUAGAAGCACAGUGUCAGAGACGACCACAGCAGUAAAGUUACUUAUUCAGCUUAAUAAGCACAUUGAGAUCCUCCAAAAGAAAAUCAAUGAACAUAAUGCCCAUUUCUCAACUUCUCAUCCUAAUAAAGUAGAAAAUCUCAUUCGACAACAGUAGCUUCACUGAUUUUAAAAAAAGAAGUACAUUCAGAAUAAAUCUACUUGAAUUAUAAUAGAAUAUUACAGCAUUAGAUGUAGACUGUUUGUAUCAACCUAAAGACAGAUGUUUGUCAAGCCAGUUUUUGCAGUAUUAUGCUAAUGUGUCAUAUUCAAUUAUUUUAUAAAACUUCCUGGCUCUGUGUGUGUUUUGUUUUUAUUUUUAAUGCUUACAUUUAUUGAAUACUGUAGUAUUGUUCUUCCUUCCCUGACCAAGUACUGUGGUUUGUGUUCUCAAGUGUAAAUAACCAUUUGUUAAUAAAGUGUUGUGUAAUUCUUAA